GCCCCGCCGGAACGGAGGGAGGGAGGGAGCGCUGGAGGCGGCACCGCUCGGCUCCCUUCGCCCGCCAGAGCCUCAGGCUGCCCGGGAAUUGCUACUGUUGUUGUAAGGACCCUGAUGUGGCACCACUGAUGUGAACAUUCUAGUGAUAGGCAGGAGAGAAUAAAGUGAAUUCACAUGCUUUGGUUGCCUGAAUCAGAUUGACUGGAUCUUCAACCUUUGCUGGCGUGAGUUGUCCCAUCAAUUGCAGUGCAACUGCUCAUUUCAACUUGAUCAUCACCAGGACAAACUCUACAAGAGAUGGAGGACACCGAACCGUGGUAUUCUCAGAAGGUGUACACGAGAUACUGGAAGCACUAUGACUUAGCCAUGCGCUGGAUGCGGAGGCACCAGAAAGCCUACAGGAAAGCCAUUGAGUCCUUUUAUCACCUACCAUGGCAUCCUCCUGCAGCUUCUCCAAGUAGCCACUACUCAGACUGGGAUGGGAAUGAUCUCCUACAUACCCAAAACUAUUCUGCCCGGUAUCAACCGCAUGGCAGAGCUCCGUACCAUGGGGGAGCUCAGCAGUGCACAGGUGCCCACCAAGGGAGGCAGGAUGCUGAAGAAGACUCUGAAAUGGAGGAGGAUGCUGAAAGGGACUCCGAAAUGGAAGAAGACUCCGAGUCUGAAGGGGAGAUAGAAUAUGACUUGAGUAACAUGGAGAUCACAGAGGAGCUUCGCCAGUUUUUUGCAGAGACAGAGAGACACCGGGAAGAGCUGCGGAGGCAGCAGCAGCUGGAAGCUGAGGACCCAUACGUGGAGGCUGAUCAAGACCUUCACAGGAGGAUGGAGCGUUCUGUGGAGCCGCCUAGGGAAAGACCUGGGGAGAGGCGAAUGGCGGAAAUGAAGAAACUGUACGGUGCUGAUGCUGCCAAAAUCCAGGCAAUGGAGGCUGCCAUGCAGCUCAUCUUUGAUAGGUGCUGUGACAAAAAGCAGCCCAAAUACUGGCCCAUUAUUCCCCUUAAGCUGUGAGUACCUGGACUGUGCUCUGACAUGGCACGGAACUGUGCCUCAGUCAGGUUGUGCUGCUGAAAGAACAAGCUGCCAGUUUUGGGUUUGGAUGGGCUUUGGGAUGGAAUCUGGCAAGGACAGCAUGUGUUUCUUUGGCCUUUGUUUCUUUUACACUGUCUGUCAGCGAUGCUCACUGUCAUUCAAUUCCAUACAGUUGUCAAGUAGUAAUAGGAGGGAUGGGAAUAUCAAACCCAUCUUAAGUCAGACAUUUACUCCUUUGAUAUGUGCCUGCCUUGACCAUACUUGCAAGAAACAAUGUCUGUACUCAGUGAACUGAGAAAACUUAAAAUGAUGCAAAUAAAGACUGUAGGAAUUGUCUGCUUUUACUGUUUAGGAA